UCGCGGUUUUAUAGCGGUUCCUAUUCUUGUUGUACACGUGUACACGCGUACACGAUCAUCAUGAUUUCGAUAUCGAGCGUGUCAUAUUCUUCGUUGGCGACAACGUACUUAGUACAAAAAUCCAACUUUUGUCUAACAAAAUUAUGAUUCGUUUUCCACGGCUUCUUGUACUACGAACUAAUUUGUUAACAGCUCAAAAACCUACGAUCAACUCCGAAACACAUCUCCAAGUGGCUAGCAAACCGAUCCCGAUACGUUACUAAUCGCUACACUGGAAUCCCCCUUCAUGCCAUCUGGCCGAUGCCAAGAAAAAAGGAAGUGGAAAUAUCGAAAAUGUUACUAAAGCCGAUUACGUGUUAGGGUAAACCGGUUUUUGGGGCGCCGGUUAGAUUCCACCCACUUUGGAUGCAUUAUGAAUGACUGCUCAGCCGACUUUUUUUUCCUUGCCGUUGUUGUUAUGGGGAGUUCCGCAUCGCGACGUGUCUCCAGCGUCGGAUUUAUCAUCGCAAGUGGCAACAGCCACUUGGUGGAGAGUGUGCCGAACUAAACAUCUCCCUUGGUACAAGUGGCGCACGCCAUCUGCGUUAGUUGGUGCGCGAUCGUGAAACGCUACGGACGGUGUCGAUCAGUCGGUCAGUUGGUCGGUAGAGUUGUGUUCGGCUGUUGUAACGGUGGAGUUGGAGUGCGUGAGAAGCUUUCAUUAACCAGCUGUCCCGGUUGUCCCGGUGGAUCUAACCUUUUUCAGACCAUUUGAGCCGGGUUCCGUUCCUCGAACGCAGUCAACGGCACUGCGGCACACUUUUGUGGCCACCAGCUUCACCAGACGCCGGACGAGAAAUAGGGUGAAAGCGUACCGAAGCGAGCCUAGCACUUUUUCGGGUUGGAGCUUUGGAAAAAGAAAAGCAAACUUCAAUCCAUUGGGACGCACUAAUUGGACGGAUAUAGGUCGAUGUCGGUGGUAACUUUGCUACCGGAGCGAUCUUAUCAAACAUGUCCACCGUGAAAUCUUCGUCCCAGCUUCGACCGUUGAGCGAGAUGGCUCCAGAUGGAUUGCAACUACCGUCGCGAAUAAUUAAACCACCACCCUUGCCAUCGAUUCCGGAGAUCCAACAGUUGACUGAUCCGCGGGAAAAUCGUGACCAGCUUCGUCAUUGCUUCGUACCAGCCGAUAAGAACGGUUGUCUCGGGUUACAUCUCAGCCGUACGCCGUGGGAUCCCUAUCCGUGGGUGAGCGGUGUCGUCGAUGGGUCCUGUGCGGAUAUGGCCGGCGUACGGAUCGGUGACUGUGUGCUUGAAGCAAAUGGAGAGGAUCUGCUCGGUCUCAAAGUGAUCGAUAUUGCCAAACGUGUCCGGGGUCGAAAAAUCUCCCGCACGUCUCCUGCCGGUGUUGAACUAUUGCUGUGGAAUUCGGGCUUUGAGAAAAAUAACCUUAAUCCACAGUCACUGUCACGGUUCGCCAACUGUCUGCAGGGCAUUACCGGAUUGCUCGAGUGUCCAAUAUGUUUGGAGAUCAUUCGACCACCUUCGUGGCAAUGUAACCAUGGACAUCUGAUCUGUUCCGGAUGCCGCUCGCGAACAACCAAGUGUCCGAUCUGUCGGGAAGUGUUGGGCCGUGGACGAUGCAUCGUGGCGGACAAACUGUUUCACUAUCUGGUGCAAACGUUGGGCCGUGAAGCGGAUCAGCAACAGCACACUGCAUUGGAGCCAAAAGCACAGGAUGCAACACACAAGCAGCAGCCACCUAAUGGGCAAGCAAAUAUCGCUGGACGGCUUCCGUUGGUGCGCCGACAGCACCAACAUCGUCCAUCACAGCACCGACCACAACCAGCGCAUCAGCUCACGCACAAGCACGCAUUCAAAUUGAAAGCAAACAUCGGCCCUAAUGACACGCCGGCAUCAAUGGUAUCGUCCCGGGUGACGACACCAGCGCCCAACGUACCGGUCACGUUCCACUGCCCUUCCGGUCAGCCUUGUGCGCGGAUGAAAAAUCAACAUGACAUCCUGAUUCACCUGCAAAAAGCACACCAAAUCAGCGUCGUGCAGUACUACGUCACGGCCGGCGAUACGGUGGACGUCACGCUGGUCGACGGUGGCAACUCGCUGCCCUGUGUAGUCUUACUGCCGAACCCAUCGUUCAAGGGCAAUCACAUGUUCUUCGUGGCAAAGUUUCGCAGUCUGGAGGAACCAAACGAUACGCUCUCCUGGAUGUGGCAUUUGGGUGAGGAGCACGAGAGCGCCCAAUUUCAGGUGCAACUAUUUCCCAUCGUAACAGAUGAUCAUCGGCAAACGAUAACGGGCGGAUCCUGGCAAGGACGACCGGUUCCGCUCGAGUGGAAUUGUCAGAAGAUUCUAAGAAGCAAGCAAUACACCCGAAUAAAACAGGACAUUCGACGUAUGCGCAUUUGCGUACGUCUGUAUGAAGCCAACGAUCCACUCAGUACAUAAAGCGAUGCUAACAAACGAUCGUCCAGGGUAUAUUUUUCCGCUGAUAAGACUGAUCAUACCUUCCCUAAGAUCGUUACCAACCGCUUACAAGAAGAAUGCUAUAAGCCUGAUCGAGUCGUACAAUUGUGGCGCAUUUGUGAUCGGUGACAUGGUAAUGAAAGGGAAAUGAAAGGGAAAUAAAGAAUGUUUUUUGUUUUCGAACAUUAUAAUAAAGUUAAAUAUUAACUGUAAAGCUAA